AUAUAGAUUUUUUCUGCGUUGUCGGAUGAAAUUGCGGAGUGUGCACAUAACAAAUUUCUGUAAGACAACGCCGUCAUGGAUGGAAAAGUAUACACCGAGAAAGUUAAGAAUCCCAGAGCGGAUGCUAACAUUUUCAGCGUCUUGACGUUCUCUUGGAUGCUGCGUCUUUUUUGGGUGGGUUAUCAUCGGGAUCUUGAAGUAUCUGAUAUGUAUACACCUCUUAAAGAACAUAAAAGUGAUAUUCUUGGUGAUAAAUUAGCAGCGGCCUGGGAGAAAGAAUGCGAAAUGUACCAAUAUCGACUUAAUCAGGUCACGAAGAGCGGGUCACAUAAGAAGAUUAAGGAGCCUAGUCUGAUGAAAGUUCUUAUAAAAUGUUUUGGUUCCAAAAUUUUACUAUAUGGAAUUUAUGUGACUUUUUCAGAUAUCGCGUUCAGGGGAGUGUUGCAGCCGUUAUUGGUAGGCCAGCUGUUGCACUAUUUUAACUCUAUGGACGUCGACAAGUCGUACGCAUACAGCUACGCCGUCGGCAUUAUUCUCUGCUCCGCUGUUAAUGUGUUUUUUACUCAUUUGACUUUGAUGGGUCUUACGCAUAUGGGCUUGAAGAUUCGUGUCGCCUGCUAUUCACUGAUCUACCGCAAAACGUUGAAGAUGACCAGAACCGCCCUGAACGAGACGACAAUCGGCCAAAUAGUCAAUUUGCUAUCUAAUGACAUCAAUAGAUUCGAGGUCUACCUCAUAUUUAUCCAUUCUCUGUGGUUCGGACCUUUGGAGGCUAUUAUCCUCACGUACGUAAUGUACCACGUAAUCGACAUCGGAGUAUCGUCUAUCAUCGGUGUCGCUUCUCUGCUAAUGUUCAUCCCUUUCCAAGUGUGGUUGGCCAAAAAGUCGUCCGAACUGAGAUUACGGACCGCUAUUAAAACCGAUGAGAGGGUACGAUUGACGAAAGAGAUUAUCAGCGGAAUCCAGGCCAUCAAGAUGUAUACCUGGGAAAAUCCGUUCAGCACCCUGAUAGAAAAAGCAAGAAAAAUGGAAAUUAAUAUUAUCCGGUGGGCGUCGUAUAUCAAAGGUAUCACCAUGUCUUUUCUCAUUUUCACUACGAGAUUAUCACUGUUUAUCACGGUGCUGGCUUACACACUAUUCGGCUACAAGAUAACAAUUGAGAAGAUAUACAUGCUAACCGCUUGUUACAGCUGUUUAUCCUUCUCCAUGGCUACACUUCUUCCACAAGGGAUAAGAGGGGUAGCGGAAAUAAUUGUAACUGUAAACAGGAUAAAAAAGUUUUUAAUGUGUGACGAACUGAUAUAUUCUGAGAUCAAAACAGAAAAGAAUAGUAAAGAGAAUAAUAAGGAGGAUGCUGAGAAGAAUAACAAGGAGAACGCAAAAAAAACUAAUCAAAAAGGCGCAAAAAAGAACGAGGAAAUUGCAAAGGACGAGGAGCAGAACAGGAAUGACUACACGAUCAAAGAUCAGCCGAAUUGUGUUGAGUAUAGCAUUUCAAUCAAGAAUGGCAGCGCUAAGUGGUUGGACUAUGAACAGGAAUACACCUUGCAUAAUAUAAACAUGAACGUGCGUCCUAAUGAAUUGAUUGCUGUUGUUGGUCAGGUCGGCGCGGGCAAGAGCAGCUUGUUGAACAUUAUCUUAAAAGAAUUGCGUUUGCAGAAAGGUUUCAUUCAAAUUAAUGGCAAAAUUGCCUACGCCAGUCAAGAAUCGUGGCUGUUCUCGGGAUCAAUGAGACAGAACAUUUUAUUUGGACGGAAGAUGGAUCAGAUUCGAUACAAUCAUGUGAUUAAAGUGUGUCAAUUAAAGAGAGAUUUCAGUUUGCUGCCUUAUGGUGAUAAAACAAUCAUAGGCGAGAGGGGUAUCACUCUUUCGGGUGGUCAGCGGGCAAGAGUAAACUUAGCGAGAGCCAUUUAUGCCGAUGUUGAUAUAUACCUCAUGGAUGAUCCUUUGAGCGCCGUAGAUGCCCAUGUGGGCAAGUAUAUCUUUGAAAAAUGUAUCAACAAAUAUCUACAAAGCAAAACUCGGAUUCUCGUGACUCAUCAGUUUCAAUACUUACGCAACGUCGACAGAAUUAUUGUUUUAAAGAACGGAACUAUUCAGGCUGAAGGGACUUAUGACGAACUGAGCUCUAUGAGAGUGAAUUUCGGUCGGUUAUUAGAAAACCAAUGGGAGGCGAAUGAGAAAUCCUCUCGACCCUCUUUGGCUUCUGUCAGUCGUAGUAAUUCGCACACCAGCAGUAUCAAAUCCUUGAGUUCUUUUAUGGCUGAUGAUACGUCGAAACAUGAACCCGAUGAAGUAGCUGAGAUGCGAACAGUAGGAAAUGUUUCCAACAGAGUAUACACGAAAUACUUCUGCGCUGGUGGAAACUUGUGUGUUAUAUUCAUAAUGGCGAUGCUUUUCAUCAUUACACAAUUAAUAGCCAGCAGCGUCGAUUACUUUCUUGCCCGAUGGGUUGAUAUGGAAGAACACUUUAUGAAUCAAACGAACGACGGUGUUGUGGAAGAUCCGAGAAGUCCCCUCACCCGCAUGCAGUGCAUCUACAUUUACAGCGGAUUGAUUGUGCUGACAAUCUGCAUCUCUUUUAUUCGCUCGUGGACCUUCUUCUGGAUGUGCAUGCGGGCCUCAGUGCGCUUACACGAUCGUAUGUUCCACAGUAUCAGCCGCGCCACUAUGCGAUUUUUCAAUAUCAAUACGUCGGGACGCAUUCUCAAUCGUUUCUCCAAGGACAUGGGUGGAGUGGACGAGAUACUGCCCGCUUUGUGUAUAGAUAGCAUCCAAAUCAAUCUAUGGAUGCUGGGUAUCAUCGUCCUGGUUGCCAUCUCAAACGUGUGGCUGCUGAUACCCACGGCGUUUAUCGGUAUUGUCUUUUAUUAUCUGAGAACCUUCUAUCUGGCCACUAGUCGUAGCGUCAAGCGUCUCGAAGGCAUUACUCGCUCACCGAUCUUCGCUCAUCUUAAUGCGACUCUUGAAGGAUUACCGACGGUCCGUGCUUUUGAGGCGGAAACGAUCCUCACGAAAGAGUUUGACAAUUACCAAGAUCUCCAUACGUCUGCGACAUACAUUUUUAUCGCAACUACGCGUGCCUUCGGCUUUUGGCUGGAUGUUGUCUGCGUUCUAUACAUUACAUUGGUCACGCUGAGCUUCCUUGUGUUGGACAACAAUGAUCGCGGUUCGAUGAACAGCGAAUAUGUAGGUUUGGCGAUCACACAGAGUAUCAAUAUCACCGGUAUGUUCCAGUGGGGUAUACGCCAAAGUGCUGAGCUGGAGAACCAGAUGACCUCUGUGGAACGUAUUCUUGAGUACAGCAAAGUAGACAGCGAGCCCCCUCUCGAAAGUGCCCCCGAUAAGAAACCUAAGUGUGAGUGGCCGCAGAAAGGCAAGAUCGAAUUCAAGAACGUGUUUCUGUGCUAUACGCCAUGUGAGCCACCAGUGCUUAAGAACAUCAGUUUUGUCAUUUUUCCUCGGGAGAAAAUCGGCAUUGUCGGCAGGACCGGCGCUGGCAAAUCGUCCUUGAUCCAAGCGCUCUUUCGCUUGACCAACGUAGAUGGUCUGAUUGAGAUCGACAACGUAGACACAAGUCAGCUCGGCUUGCAUGAUCUGCGCUCCAAGAUCAGCAUCAUUCCUCAAGAACCAUAUCUGUUCUCUGGUAGCCUGAGACGGAACCUUGACCCGUUCAAUUCGUAUAGAGAUGAACUGUUGUGGCAGGCCCUCAAGGAGGUCGAGCUGAAGGAGUUAAAUUUGGAGACUCAUAUCAACGAAGGCGGCUCCAAUCUCAGCGUCGGCCAGCGACAGUUAGUCUGUUUAGCGCGUGCCAUUGUCAGGAACAACCCGAUACUCGUGUUGGAUGAGGCAACCGCGAAUGUAGACCCGCGAACUGACGAGCUCAUUCAGACAACAAUCAGGAGGAAGUUCAAAAAUUGUACGGUGCUGACGAUCGCCCAUCGGCUCAACACCAUCAUGGAUAGUGAUCGUAUUCUGGUGAUGGAUGCUGGCAUCGUUGUGGAAUUUGAUUAUCCCCAUAUACUGCUGCAGAAGGAGACGGGGUAUCUGAAGAGUAUGGUGCAGGAAACCAGUAAAGAGAUGGAGAAGGUUCUAACAGACUCCGCCAGGAAUUGUUACCAGAAUCGUUCACAACGUUUUGAUGUAUCAUAACAUUAACUUUUUGUAAUUCUUUCGGACAGACACAGUGAUUGAUC